CUUCACUUUUGAACAGAAUUUUUCAUUCAUACGCGAUAGUAUUCGUGUGUAGUCAAGAUGAUUGCAUGCCUGUGGUUUGUUGCAUGCUCAGCAGUAUUUUUCCAAUACGUACAUGGCCAAGGAACUUUUAAUUUUCCGGAUAAUCCACCACCUACCCCAGAGGAUAAGGAUGACGUUUUACCAGGCUUAGAAGAUCGUCAGGGAGGUUCAACUUUGCCCACAUUACCAGCAACUCCUACAACGGCUAGUGCGAACAUAACACCAAAUAUUGUUACACCGACUGGUCAAACUUGUAUAUGUGUCCCAACUGGAUCUUGUCAAGGACAAGGCAGACCAGAUGGAGCAGGAUUGAUCGAUGUGCGAAUUGUAACGAAUGUGCCACAACCAAAUGCAACCGCACCGCCGACAACUCCACCCAUUACAACAUGCGCAGCUGGCUUAGUAUUAUGUUGUCAAGCGGGAGCGUAUCAGUGUGGUGUUAGAUACCCUCCAGUUGCUGGAGCACCGGCUCCUGCAGCUGGGCAAGCUGCAUAUGGAUCAUAUCCUUGGCAAGCGGCACUUCUGGGACCAGGUGAUUCCUAUAUAGGGUCUGGAGUUUUGUUAAACAAUUUGAAUGUUCUGACUGUCGCUCACAGAGCUUCACAAUAUGUAAAUGCUCCCGCAACUUUGAAAGUACGAAUGGGAGAUUGGAAUUCUGGCGCUUCAUCAGAACCGAUUCCAGCUCAGGAAUUUAUUGUGAGAAGAGUUAGCCUACAUCCAAAUUAUAAUCCAGCAAACUUGAAAAAUGAUGUAGCUAUUUUGAGGCUUGCUACACCAGUACCACUGGGAGCUAAUCCAGCUAUUGCGACUGGUUGUUUGCCAGCAACUUCUUUUGUCGGUACAAGAUGUUUUGUGUCUGGCUGGGGUCGAAAUGAUUUUGCAAACGGAACAUUUCAAUCUAUUCAAAAACAAGUUGACGUACCAAUUCUUCAACCCACUCAAUGCCAGACGCAGCUAGCUGCUACUAGAUUAGGAUCAGCAUUUGUAUUCGACUCUGCAAGUUUUAUUUGUGCUGGAUCAGAAGCGGGAAAGGAUGCAUGCACCGGCGACGGUGGUAGUCCACUUAUGUGCGCAAUCGGUGAAAGAUGGUUCAUUGCAGGCUUGGUUGCUUGGGGUAUUGGUUGUGGCACUAUAAACGUACCAGGCGUUUAUGUCAACGUAGUUUCAUAUGUUCCAUGGAUUCAAACUACAGUUGCAUCAUAAAUGAGAUAUUGAUCAAUAACCAUUUUACCCGACUGGUCGAAUAACCUAUCGGAAUCCAAAGCAAGUUUUCUCCGUUUAAAUGUGUUGAUGUUUUAAUUUUUCGUUAAAGGCUUACAC